CCUGAACGCGCGGGGGGUUAGGCCGGCGUGGCGCCCAAUUGCCCAAACCCAAACCCAAACCCUACCAGCCUGCCAUUCACCUCUCCCGCCGGGCGACGCAGAGGCGAACUCGGAGGCAGUGGCCGGCGACAACCGCGGAAUCUACCCCGGCAACCUCCCGCCGUCCAGGUUUCCGUCCACCGCCGGCUGCUCCCUUUGAGCCAAUCCCGACUCCCACCUGAAUCUUCGCCGCCUGGGCAUCUGGAUUAGCUAAAAGGGGGCAGAACUCAGAACCAGCGCCACAGCCGAACAAGUCGGAGGAGCCUGAUGGCCUCGUGGUGUGAGAACAUGGUGCUGCCGCCCCGCGUCCUUAUCGCUCCCCGUCCUUCUAGUGCCAAUGGUCAAGGGAAUAUUUUAUCACUUCGCCAUCCGAAACUAGAAGAAGAAAUACAGUAUCUGUUCUCCAAUGGGCGUCUUCAUGAAUUCAAUUGGUUCAAGGAGCGUUACGGCUCUUGGUUCUUGGGAGAUUAUGUUUGUGAAGACGGCAGCAUCUACUAUUGCACAGUUGUUGAUCCCAUCUUCAUUUUACUACCACUUUUUGAAGCUGCACGUAUGUCGAAUGGUAAGGAUCUGGGGAAAUUUAGACAACUGGAUGAAAUUUUGUACAUUGAAGGUUAUCCUGGAUAUCAGCACCUCAUGAGUAUAGCAGGAAACCAUAUGGAACUGGUUUGUGAAGUUAAAGAAGUUGCUAAUAUGAAGUUCUUCAGGCUGGACGAUUCCAAGGUCCUAACUUGGUUGUGCUGUAAGGUAGUACACAACAUAAAAGAGGUUAUCCCCAAGUUUGGUAAAAAUUAUGCUGCCCAAGGCGAAAGAGAAUUAUUGAAGGAUGCCAUCCAAAUAAUACGUGAAAAUCUGAAGGACGAACCAUGGCUACCGGUACUCUGCAAGAAGUUGCAGUUAGAUAUCAGUGAGAUCAAUGAAACGACCAAAAGCAAUGACACUUCAUUUUGUGCUGAGAGUUCUCCUAUACCUGCUCCUGCUCGUCCCUCAGAGGGUAACAUAGGAAAUGGCAGCGCCAAGUCAAGCAAAGGGAGGCCUGCGAAGAAACUUAAGGCUGAGGUAGGAUCAAAGAACAUCAAAGACAUGUUCCGUAGGGUCACAAGGAGCGGGACCUGAUUUUGUCAUCAAGGCCUCACAAGGUACUUGAUAGUGGUGGAGUUGCUAGGUUAUCUCCAAUUUGGAUGCAUGGAGAUGCCGUCCUUGGUUCUCGACCCAGAAACCCCUAUAUGGAAGCUUGCGUGUAAGCUGCAUUAGUUCUUUUUUUGACGAACCUUGUCAAGCUGCAUUAACUAUAGCCUUUGUAAAGUAGCAAUUUAACAUUGUAGGCGUGGAUCGAUUAUUUGGGCAAUUAACAGUUGAUCUUGGCGGCGAUUCAGCAGGAAGGGGAAUCUUGGAGACACGCUAACCUUCUUGGUGAUUUGAUUUUUGCUAAACUUCCUUUUGAGAGAGAUGAGUGGAGGGACAACUGGUUAAGUGCUCUUUGUAAAACUGCCUUUCGAGGCGUGUAGCUGCUCAGAAGCCUUCUUAAAUGGAUGAUACAUCCGCUUCGGUGUAUUCUAGAAAAAAAAAUUGUACUGUAUUACUGGAAUGUAUUUGCACCAUGUUUAUUAAUCUUAUUGACCACCUGUCUAGAGGCGAUGAUCGCAA